AUGGCACGGGCUGCUGCUGGGGCAAUGGACGAGAUUCAAUCGCCCAUCAGUCUGAAAGAUAUUCGUCCCUUCUAUCGUCGCAAAAAUGGAAUCUUCUUGUAUUUUCUCUUGACAUCUUCCUUGUUGGCUAGUGCCGCAUUGGGAAUUGACGGGUCUAUGACGAACGGCAUGCAGGUGUUGGAAUCCUGGCAAGACCGCUUUGGGCACCCUACCGGCUCGACACUAGGUUUCUUUGGUGCCUCCAAUGCCAUCGGAGGAGUCAUUCCCUUCCUCCUCCUGGGCUGGAUCGGCGAUGCGUGGGGUCGACGAGUCCCAACUGCCCUCGGUUCGGUCAUCAUUAUCACCGGCGUGUUGGUCGAAUUCUUCGCAACCUCAUUCAACAUGUACAUUGGUGGUAAAUUGGUCCUUGGAUUUGGCUCUUCACUCAUCCAAAUGGGGGCGCCCGUGUUGGUCACCGAAUUGAGUCACCCGAAGGAGCGUGUGCAGGUUACUACUUUCUACAACACUUCUAUGGUUCUGGGCUAUGUUAUAGGGGCAUGGGCGACAUUUGAUAUUAUUCCCUCCGCAUACCAGGGAUGUUUAAUCUUCUUCUGCCCUGAAUCUCCCCGUUGGCUCAUUGCUAAGGGUCGUUUCCAAGAGGCCAAGGACAUCCUGCAAGCCCUUACCGAAGAAAAGGAGAAUAAUAUAUCCUGGAAAGAGUUUUUCUGUUCCAUCCCGAACAUCAAGCGCAUCUUACUCUGUUUUGCAACUGCGGUAUUCAGCCAAAGCUCUGGAAACCUUUUGGUCUCCAACUACCUCACCCAAAUCCUGAAAGACACGGGACUGAAAACGCAACUCGAAAUAACCCUUGUUAAUGGCAUGGUCACCUUGUGGCAGUAUAUUGUUGCUCUGAUGGUCACUUCGUUAAUCGGCCGCUUCAAGCGCCGGUUCUUCUUUGUGACCAGGUCUGCCGGUGUGUUGGUAACGUUCAUCGCAUGGACGAUUGCCUCACAACAGUACAUCAAGCACGGUUCAUUGAGAGCGGGUCGAGUGUUACUGGCGUGCAUCUUCAUUUUCCAGGGAUUUUACACUCUCGCGUGGACCAAUUUGAUUGUUACCUACCCACUCGAGAUUGUUACCUAUCAAAUGCGAGCGAAGACCUGGGCGUUUGUCCUUCUUACCAUUCAAGUGGCAUCGAUUUUCGGUGGGUAUAUAAACCCCAUCGGACUUGCAAACCUCGGCUGGAGGUUCUAUAUUUACUACUGCGUGUGGGUGACCGUUGUUUUCCUUGUUGUGUAUUUCUUUUUUGUCGAGACUGCAGGUCCUACCUUGGAGGAGUUGGCACACUUGUUUGAGGGCAAGGGGAAACGCUUGCCAGAGAAGUUAGAGAAGAAUCCCGAUACCACGCUGGAGCAUUGUGAGGAUGCAGACUUGUAA